AAUAUAACACUUUCAGAAGCAUCAUACGACUUCUGAAUUGUAUGUACGCCGUUGAUUUUGAGUGGAGGACGCCUAUCCGUCAUUUGGAGAGGCUGAGUUUGUCACACGUGUUCAACUUUUCCAUCUUCCCUUCUGUCUGGCACCGCAUGCGCCAAGCACUAAUCGUGAGCUUAUUCUUCUAAAGUUGCCCAUCCGACAAAAAUCUUGUACACAACAUUAGACCUGCAAUUGUUCAGAACUAUCCCGAAUCGUUUCCUUUCUGAAUGAUUAUUAAGGGGCAUCUCACCUGUUGUCAAUAAGCUCAGCUUAUCAAUUUCCGCCGCGGAUGUGAGAAUACCGGGAGCAGACACCAUUCAAAUUGGGUCAGUGGUUACGUGAUUAUCCACAGAGCAGCUAUGGCAGCAAUCAAUCUUGCGAAACAGGCGGUAAUAAGUCCUCGUACUGCGCAUCUGUCUUCUUCCUCCACCUGCCACAGCCACACAAAACCCCUUCUCCCACCAGAUACAGUGAGCUCAAAAAGAAUUUUAAAGUAUCGAGAGAUGGCAAGCCCUGAAUGCAGCAGUAGCGGCAUGACUGAUUCCCAGCCCGGUCGAAUUCAACGCCAGGUCCUGAGCAAAGAGGGUCGAACUAAAAUGAACCCUACGUCGGACAGGGGCUUCUAUUCUUCCCCAAGGUUUGUUACUCACGUGGAUGAUCAAUUCAUUGCAACACUUACUGAUCUGUACCGCGAGCGCAUACCUGACAAUGCCGAGGUCUUGGAUCUCAUGAGCUCCUGGGUCAGUCAUUUGCCAGCCGAGAAGAAAUACAAGCGUGUCGUGGGACACGGUCUCAACGCACAGGAGCUUGCCCGCAACCGACAGCUCAACCAAUUCUUCGUGAAAGACCUAAACGAGGAGCCGAAGCUGGAGAGUGCUGACAAUUCCUUCGACGCCGUCCUCUGCACUGUCAGCGUCCAGUACUUGGAGCAACCCGAAAAGGUCUUCGCCGAUAUCUUCCGCGUCCUCAAACCCGGUGGUGUCUGCAUCGUGAGCUUCAGCAACCGCAUGUUCUAUGAAAAAGCCGUAACUGCGUGGCGAGACGGCAGCGACUACAGUCGAACCCAGCUCGUGAAACAAUACUUCCAGUGCAUAGAAGGCUUUACCACUCCGGAGGUGGUGAAGAAGCCCAUCUCCCCCACCCAAUCCUCUCAAAACUCUUCCCCGAAUCCCUUGUCUCUCAUCACCAACCUCUUCCAAUCUGCGAGCAAGGACCCAUUCUACGCAGUGGUCGCUUAUCGCAACUUCAAGCCCAUCCGUGAAUAGAGUUACGCUACACUCUUGGACCUCCAGGACGAAGUCAAUACCUGCACAGAGGAGUAUGCAUGCAGCACGGCAACAACUCUAGGCUCUGUGAAGAACAAGUUACUCAACUGUCAUGCUUAGCUCUGCUUUUCUCUAGUCUUCUGUUCAUCUCACACUAUAUAUAUAUAUAUAUAUAUAGUUGACUCUCCGUUAACCGAUACGAUUGGUGGACGCCGAAAUGUAUCUAAUAUUGGAGGGUAUCGAAUUAUAGAGUGACAGAUUGCGAUUGGUUGAUGAGUGUCAAAUUGUGGUUGGCUAAUAUAAUGAAAACUUGAAGGGAGAUUUUGAGUUUUGGAAAAUGCAAAA